AUGGAGAAGCGAAGGGCCCUUCAGAGGCUCUCGGUGAAGAAGCAGCCCUGCCCGGCACUUGGACGGCUUGGCUGUGUCUUGCAAGAGGUGAGCAGUGACGUUUUGUUCAAUCUCUCUUUGUAUGCACUUUUCUUCGGGACCACAGCACGCCAGGGAGAGGUGGGUGGGGAGCAGCACCUGCAGUUGCAGGAGGCUGGUCUCCGCAGGUUAGAGAACAGCCUUUCUUCCCUACAGAACAAUUUCAUCAACCUCAGCUUUCUCCGCCUCUUCCGUGCUGCCUGGCUCAUCAAGCUGCUGCUCCAAGGCUACACCAUCGGCAUCCUGCUGUGGACCUUCGUCCAGUCCUUCAAGGCCCUGCCCUACGUGUGUCUGCUCAUCGCCAUGCUGUUCUUCAUCUACGCCAUCAUCGGCGUGCAGGUUUUUGGAAAUAUUGUCCUGGAUGAUGACACCAGCAUCAACCGGCACAACAACUUCAGGACGUUUAUGCAAGCCUUGAUGCUGUUGUUCAG